CACGUGACCACGCGAAUCGGCAUCUGCGCGACUCGGGCGCAGUGCGGAGGGUGGCGCUGCGACCGACGGCCUCAUGGCGCCGCUCCGCAUCAGACACGUCGUGUCGUUCACCUCCCAGGACCCCAACCACCCAGCACAGGGGCUGCUGGCAGGCGAGCGCUGGCUCUGUAAUCCAUCCGACCGCAGUGGCCUCAUGCGUGCAGAGCUGCAGCUGGAGCAGGCCAGUCUCAUCGCCUACAUCGACAUCGGGACAGUCGGCGUGGGCCUUCUGCAGGUGGAGGUGGGCCGCUCUUCAUGGGCCCAAGACACUGCACUCGUCACUCUUCUCCCCACAACCGUUCUGCUGUCGGCAGCACAGUCCAAGGCCAAACACAAUGAAAUGUCGGUGCGCAUGUUCAACUCGGAAAACUUCACAAGGGAGGUGAUGGCGGAGCAGUGGGACCGCGUGCGGAUCACCUGCACUCAACCCUUCCACAAGUCCAAUCCCUUUGGAGUCACGUUCAUCAGCUUUCGCACAUCUGGAGACUCGGACCAGGUCACUGAGUUGGUAAAGCCUUCAGGUCCUGCAACAUCGAGACAGUCGGUGAAAACAAAAGCCUGUGAGGAUAGAGUAUCCUCUAAACCAUGGCUCGCCCUGCCAGCCAUCCGUCGCACUUUCUUCACACCAACAGAGAGGAAUGAAAGAGUGGAAAAGCUGAAAGAGAGGCUGAGCCGACUGGCCCCCAAAUCCAAGAGUGGCUGUGUGGACGAGAAAGCCCUUCCCAGGACGGCACGGCUGCUCCUCACAGCUGCUGCCCACCACUCGGCCACCAUCAAAGCCAACAGCCACGCUGCUCAGGGCAGCAGUUCGCCUGUUGGAGAUGAUAGCAGGAGUAAAGAUCUCUCUGUCCGGAGAUUGGCCACCACUGCUUCGCACGCCCCCUGCUGUUGAAUGCGGCGUCCAGCAAACUACAGGUACCAGAGUUGCUGCUGUUCGCAGGGCUGCGGUUCAGACGCCUUCGGUUGUGUCGGGAAAAAAACGUCGCACAGAGGCCCAAGCGGCUGGGGCUGCCUCACCAGUUCACAUGGCCACAUGCACCCAGGCCCCACACGCCACCAGGGCUGUGAAGAGCUCCAUAAAAUGUCCCAGUCCAGCAAGUAGUGAGGUCUGGCAGGGGGACUUCUCGGGAGGUCCUGCGGUGAGGAGCCUUCCUGUGGAGCCUCGUAGGAACGUGAAAGCUGGCCCAGAUCCAAACCACAAACGACCUUGCCCCAUGUGCAGUGGUUUGUUCAACAUGGAGCAGCUACUGGUCCACGCAGCCACUUGUGGAGAUGAUUUACAACAGGCGCAGGGACCUGGGCAGGCACACUCCGGGCACCCCCAGCAGGACACAUGGCCCCACCUCAUCUACACAACCUCCAGCACAUCCUUCCUCGUAUCUGACACAGACGACACAGACGAGCGUCCACUCAGUGACGGAAUUUACACCGACCGUGACACAGUGAUACUCAGCGACUCAGACGGAGAUGAUGGAGACGUGCAGGUCCUGUGGGACCUCUCUGCUGACAGCGGACUGGUGGUCGACGACAUCGAUGAUGACGACGACGAUGAUGACGACGAUGUCCCUCGCCAACGUGAAAUGUUCAAGUCCUCAAUCACCUGUCCCAUCUGCAGGAAGGAGUUUCCACCCAGAGUAAUAGAGCAGCACGCCAGCCAGUGUGGCGAAGACCCAGACAGGUCCAAUUCCCGUUGACAUGUUCCUCGCUUCAUUCUGGUGUAAUAAAACAACCUGUUCCUUGCAGGUAUUACAAGCACUGCCUGUUUAGUGUUCCAGCAAUGGUUUACAGUCUCUGAGCUGGGAAUUACAUCUGCAGCGUGACUUCCAAAGGGAUGUGUGAAACAUUGGCAACUUCAUUCACAAAUAUCUGAGUUACAGUAUUGUGAUGAAGACAUUUCUUACUUGCAGUAUGUAUCAUAUACUUUCAGUUAUUGGCCAUUUAAAACACUAGUUAUGCUCCAGUGUUGCUUAUUGUGGGUUUUUUUCCCCAGUGGGUUAACUCGCAUUUCAAAUCUGCAGUUUACCCCUGUGAGAAGGGGCCUGUAACAAUUUGCCCAACUUGGUACGAUGAAUCGUCACGAUUCGAUUUUCAAACGAAUUGUUAUUCUUUUAAUGUUGUGGUGCAACAUAACACCUCCUAAUUCCAGAUUUGAAGCUUUCGUGACUGCAAGGAUUCAUACUUUUGGUAAAGUCACGUCGGUAAAAAAGAAAAGACAAGAAAUGAAAACAAAACUAAAUCACCUGAAGACGGAAGCUUGUGUUGCCUCCGAAGCGUCGUGAUUUAAUUUAGAUUUCAUUUAUUUUAUUUUUUACCUACGUGACUACCGAAAAAACCAAAGAGUAUAACACCUCUUGUGGCUGUGGGGGUCACUUUAACCAAUAGCAACAUGUUAAAAAAAUUUCAUAAUUGAUUUUCACACACGAGUCAAUGCCUGCAUCUUGAAUAUACGUCUCCCAUUUUCACGUAAUGAUAAUUAACAGCUCUGCUAUAAAUGCAAGGCUUAAACUUAACCUGCUUUUUAUGUGUUGUAUAUUAGAACCUUACAAUCCUGCAGCUGUCAGGCAUUAGUGUCUAUCUCACUGAAACCAUAUGAUCUGUAUCCUGUUGGCAUCUAACCUUGUGUCAAGUUAUUCUGUUUAGCCUUGUGAGAACUCAAGAGACCAGGGUAGACUGGUUCGCAACAGUGACCUGGGUCGUUAAAAUGGCAAAAGCAAAAUACACAAGAAACCACAAAAACAACGUCACGUGAGAAAUUGAAAAUAUUUCAAACAUUACCUUGAAAUUGAACACAGCACAAAUUACAAAAUUAGGCUACACAAACGUUAACAUUGAAAUUGUAAUGUGCUUUUUCCACUCGACCGUAUUUUUUUUAUACUGACUGAUCCGCAAUUAAGUGUUUCCCAAAAUGGACAUUUUAAUUGGGACUUGGAAGCUGGAUUAUAUAUGUUUUAAACUUGUAUUAAAAUAUUGUACAUUGA